AUGUUCAAAUCCUUCAUAUUAUCGAAUCAAAUUGUUUUAUUAUUCUUUAUCAUUUCACUUGCAUCAUUAAAUCGAUUUUCACAAGCAACAUCAAUAGAUAACCUUCGUCCUAGUGAUAUAACUGAUUUAUCCAGUAAUGAAGUAGAUGAUCAACGUCGAACGUAUGAUUACAAUCAGUUACGAUAUUUUUUAUUAACAUCAAAUGCUAAACAACUCGCUGCUAAACGUGAACAACAAACUUUUCAUAAGCGACAAUUGAUUCAUGAAUACCUUCAAUCUAUUAAUGAUCCUGAUCGUCUACAAGAAGUUAAAAAACGCUUCACCUAUUGUAGUGUUCAAGAUAUAUUGCAUGGAUCCCUUUGUCGUCGACGUGCAAUUCAUUAUUGA